CCGUUUGCCGGGAACGAUUUGUCGUGCUGCCCGCGAGAUGGACGCCUCAGGAAUGCGGGAGGCGACGUCGUCGAGAACCCUUGGUGCUGGUCACGAUUAGGAGUGAUUUGAGCGCAAGUUCAAUUAACUUAAUCGGCGAUUGAUUUAUGAUGAAAAUAUCGCAGAAAAUGUCUCAAAGAAUAAGCGACGCAUUGAACCGAUCGCGAAUUGUUAUCUGGUCACGGCCACGGUGCCAGCAAUUGCCACUUUACCAGAAACUAGAGGGAACGCGAUAAUUGCAACGUAAUCCUGAAUAAAUCCUGACAAUACACAUUACGGAACGGAUGACGAGCAUACGUCGGAGCGGCGGCCGCUGGUUAUGACCCUCUUACCUCUUUACCAUUUCUUCCUGCCAAGAACGACUACCGCGCCGUGAGGGACCCCGCGGACAAGAUGGAGGAGGAAGAUAUAAGGACCGCAGUGGAGCUGUACAUUUAUGAUCUCACCAAGGGAAUGGCUGCAAUGAUGUCACCGUUACUUAUCGGUCGCCAGCUGGACGGAAUAUGGCACACGGCGAUAGUCGCGUACGGAAGGGAGUAUUUCUUCGGUCCCGCCGGCAUCCAGAGUAUCCGACCCUCACGCAGGUGGUUCCCGUCGCGCCGCCGUGCUCGAUACUCCGCCCGAGUGCUUUCUUUCCUCCUCGGCGGCACGGAGCUAGGGGAACCGCAGAGAGUUGAGAAGCUCGGCGAGACCUACCUGCCCUACUCGGUCUUCCUGGAAUAUAUAAACGGCCUGGGGACCUCCACGUUCGCACCAGGCACAUACCACCUCUUCAAGCACAACUGUAAUUCCUUUACCGAGGAAGUCAGCAACUUCCUGGUGGGCACGGGCAUUCCCAAGUAUAUCCUUGAUCUACCGGAAGAAAUAUUACAAACACCUCUUGGACAACGUUUAGGUUCGUCGAUAGAAACAUUGAGCAGUAACGCGAGUGCGGGAUUCACGGUCGGUCAGAGAUUCGUCGAGGCGAGGAUCCAGAGGGAAGCCUCACCGGAGUAUCAACUCUUGAACACAGCCAUCGAAGAAGCAAGGUUAAAUUCGAUUGCGUUAGAGGAACGAAGAAACGUUAUUAACGAGAAGCUAGCAAAGAAAGACCGGAAGAAGAAAAAGAAGAAAAAGGAGAAGAAAGAAAAGAGUAGCAGGGAAGCCACUGGCAGCGACAGCAACAGUACCGGGCCGAGCAAUUGUUCUGCAGAUAUGGCGGAGAACGAGAAUGCAGUCGGCGAAACUCAGCAGCAGGGGGCUGAUGGAGAAAGCAUGCCCGCGGAGAUGCUGCCGUCCGAGCGAGUGAUGCAAAUGGAAGAGGACGAGAAGCGCGAGCAAGAAGAGAAGAAACGCCGUCGAGAUCCACCGAUAGUGUUUAAGGAUUUAGUAGACGUGCAAGCAGAAUACGAGGGUUUGGUAAGCGCUCUCAAAGGGAAGUUGAACGACGAAGAACAGACGUGUCUGGAUGAAUUGCGGCAAUACGUCUUGGAGGACGAAGGAUCUUGGGCUUUAGGCGACAACUUCCUAAACUUUGUUGGUCGAAUACUUUACGACAAAUCAUUAGACAGUGACGUGCGAGUAAAACUGUUGAAUGUGCUAUCUGUCGCUGCUUUGAAGGACGAUGUGAUUCUGUUAUUGCAUCAAGACAGGCGAGAGCAUAUCAUCAUGACUUAUGCUUUUGACAUCGAUCGACAUCCACCGGAAGAGCAACUUCCUCUCGCACAAUUUUUGGCAAAUAUGUUCGAGAACCUCAGCAGCUCGGAAUGGUUGCUCUACAUAUCCGAGUGGCAGCAUCAGGAUCAGACUGUCAGCAAUAACAUCAGCAAUAUAAGGGUGACUACUAAGGUUGCAGUGCACUCGUUGCUCUCAAACUCAGAGGACCUUCAGAUCCGCGGCGCGGCCAUUAUUCACAACCUUGCCUGCAAGGAGAAAAUGAACAAAAGCAAAAAUCUGCGGCGACUAUUACCAAAAGGCAGCAUUUCUAAGGUAUUUGACGACGUCGCAGUGGAGCUUACGAUGGCGUUGCUACAAUAUUUCAACGGCAGUCCCGCGGAGGAACAGCUGUUCACGUGCAUGAAGUCGUUAGCACGUUUCACGCAGAUAAGCGGUCAGGAGGUGCCGCAGCUGAUACAGAUGAUUGGACCCGAGCCGAGCAAAUUCAGGGGUACUUCCCAGAGGAUCGAUGAACAAAUCGAACAAGUUAACAAGAAACUACGCUAAAUUAUCCGUCAACCAUCUACGAAAAUGUCGUGUUCCACAAGUGCGAGAUAAAACUGGACGCGCUUCCGUUAUGUUCAAAAUGAAUUUUUACUUAAAGAUUCUAUAGAACCAAUCAUCUAUUUAUUAUUAUUAUUAUUAUUAUUAUUAUUAUUAUUAUUAUUAUUAUUAUUAUUUAUGGAGAAUAAUUAUAUUGUUGUCAUUUUAAUAUUAUUGUAUGUAUAUUAUUGCUAGAUUACGCGAGGCGCCGCAGCGCGUUUCUUCAAUUUCACUUUUCACUUUUUUAUUCGACACCUUUUCUUUUUUUCUUUUUUAUAGAUAAUUGAAGCUAGCGACGCUUGACCAUUCUACGCAGAAUGGUAAAAGAUAGGAACGAAACGCAUAAACACGCAUGGCGCGAUAACGCACCCGCCAUGUGUGCAAUUAUCUCCCAAUUAAAAUAUUUCUGACCGGUAGCGUUAGAAGAUUUCGGUGCGACGAGAUAUCUAAAUUUGCUGUAUCAAAUGAUGGCGUGUUGCGAAUAUUUACACACGUCACUGAUUAUAUGUCCGUUCUUCGCACGGCGCUUUUCGUCGUGCGAAGACAAUAAAACUUUGGCAACGAA